AUGUCCCAGAGGGCCCGGGUGCCCAAGAGGCGCCGCCUCCAGCCCCCGCGGGACGUCCCGGGAGAGGCCUCCUGCAGGGACCACCGGGAGCCUCUGCUGCUGUUCUGUGAGGACGACCAGGUCACGCUCUGUCGCAAGUGUUUCCUGGCCCAGGAGCACGGGAGUCACGUGGUGCGCGGAGUGCAUGACGCUGCGGAGAGGUACAGGAAGUUGUUUCGGGAGCUGUUGAGCACAUUGAAGCAGAAACUUGAAGCUGCCAAAAGCCUAUUGGCCGAAGAGCAGGAAAAUAUGGGGAUGGUUCAGGCCGAGGAGCAGAAUUUUAAAGAGAUGCUUCAGUCCGAGUGUAAGAUGAUGAUCCGGUUGGUGACUGAAGAGAAUGUGAUGAACUUCCAAAACCUGCAAGGGCACCCAUUCAACCCUCACUUGAAAGAAGCCAGCCUGAGUCCGCGGAUGAAGUUUAUUGCAGAGCUAGAGGAGAAGUACCAGGAAACACUACAGAGACUGAACAGUCUGGGGAGAGAGAACGUGAAUAAACUGCAGGAGAGUGAAGUCAGGCUGUAUGCACAGAUCGCCAGCCUCCACAGUGUCACCGCCGAGCUGGAGAAGAAAUGUGGGGAGCCCUCCUUAGUGUUGCUCAAGGAUGCAAGAUCUUUGGAAUUGAGUGGCGUUUCACUCCUGUGUCAGGGCCUAGAGCCCGCCCGCAUCAUAGACCCGAGUUUAUGCCAAAGACCAGGACUGAGCGAAGCGCUGGAACUGUUUCAAAGACCUAUAACUUUGGAUCCCAAAACAGCUAAUCCCUGUCUUGUCCUAUCUGAGGAUCUGAGAAGUGUACGACUCAGAAAUGUCCAGCAGGAUGUACCUGGUAACCCCAAGAUUGCACCUGGCAACCCCGAGAUAUUUGACUUUGGUGCUUCUGUGUUGGGUGUGGAGAGCUUUACCUCAGGGAGGCAUUACUGGGAGGUGGAUGUGGAAAAGACAGCAAACUGGCAGUUGGGUAUAUGUGAAGACUCCGCCGCCAGACUCAUGCCCAAAGCUUCCAAAGGUAAAAUCUUGCUCAUGGGAUCCAGGAUGGGAACCAAAUAUACCUUGUGGGUCUUUCCUCCUUUAAAAGGGAUGUACUUGGAAGAGCAGAUGCACAAAGUUGGAGUUUUCCUAGACUAUAAGUAUGGCCAGAUAUCAUUCUAUGAUGUGACCAAGAGAUUCCUCAUUUAUAAUUUCUCUGAUCUUGUCUUCAAAGGAGCUCUCAGGCCUAUUUUUUCUCUUUGUUUCCCAAAUGAAGGCACAAAUUCAGACUCUCUUAGCAUCUGCCUCCCUGAUGUUUUUGUGGUGUGA